UGGGGACGGCCGGGAGGUGCUCUUCGCGACGUGGAACGCCCGGGCGCUGGCCCAUCAUGAUCCGCCUACGGCCAAGAAGAAGCUUGAUUACUUGAUGCACCACUGGCGGGGGCCGAUGGUGCUGGCCUUGCAGGAGACCCAUGCUGAUCAAGCGUGCAUGGAUGUCCUCCUUCAUCGUCUCGGCCGCGAUUUUGUUUGCUUCGCAUCGGUUCCUGAGGAUCGUGCGGUGCGUGCUGCCGGGGUUGCCACUGUCUUUCCGCAGACUGCGAGUGGCCGCAGCGUGCACUAUGAGCCGCCUGAGAAGCUGGUGAAAGGCAGAGUUUUGCGUAUUACGGCUACCAGUGCAGCCCCGGGCCAGAAGAGCCUGAGACACUGGAACAUUCACAACGUCGACCUGGACGCCAGGACACGGCAGCUUGUCGCCAGGCGCCUCCAGGAAGACAUAAGCUGGAGCAAGGAGGAUCCGACCACUCGGGCGGUAGCAAUGGCAGGGGACUUCAACUUUGGCGACACGUCUGAGCCGGACACCUUCCUCCCGAUUGUGGACCAUGGAGCGCAGAUGGCGCGUCACCCCCAGCAGCGCCAAUGGGAGCAGGCGCUCCGGGGCACGGUGCUGCUGGGCGCCGGGCGCCCCACUCACUGGCAUGAGGGCUUGAAGACGAGCUCGGCCAUCGAUAAGAUUUGCGUCAGCAUCCCAGCCUGGGCACUUUGCCAGCAGUGGCAGUCAGCGGACGUGAGGGGCGAGCCUCGAGAGCUCCACCUGGCUGACGUCAGCGACCACGCAAUGGCUGACGUCAGCGACCAGCGUACUUCGAGCAGGCGUCGCUGGACCACCUCCCGGCCCCAGACCUGUACGCCAUGUACGUGCGCAUCCUGCAGACGGCCGCCCUGCUGGUGCAGCAGGAGCAGCUCUUGACCAACAGCGGAUGCAAGGCCUCCGCCGCGAUGAUAUGGCGGCAGCUGGCUCGCGCACGCUGGCGGCAGAACGCGAAGCUGGCCGCUCUUAUUCUUCGCCGGCAUGCUUGGGCACGCGAGCUCAUAGCAGUGGACGAAGUGAGGGGCAGGGUGGACAUCCUGGACUCUCCUGAAUUCCAGCGGCGUUUCAAUUGCGCCCAGCGGCGAGACAUGGCGUGCAGGAGACGCAGUGCCAGGGAGGCCGCCGACGCCGAGUUGGAGGAGCACUGGAAACGACGGUUGCAGCGCCAAGCCAAGGCACUGAGGAGACGGGCGCAGCUUUGGGCGCCGACCGGUGCGAGGAGGUUCCUCGCCGCCGUGGUGACCGACAAUGGCGUGGCAACGUCGGCUGCGGCGCAGCGAGCCGCCCUGGCCGGGCACUGGAGGUCGGUAUUUUCCCCUCCGCCGCUGCCGCCGGCGGCCGAGGAGCGGCGAGCUGCUCUGCAAGACCGCUACCUCCGGCGGCACGCCCCACCACGCGUGGAUUGUUGAAAGAUCCCGCCGCCGAGCCUCUCGGACAUCAAGGUGGUGCUGCAGAGGGCGCGCCCCGCGGCCCCGGGGCCAGACGGUCUCCCGGCCUGCGCGUGGAGCGCUGUGAGCCGCGGCCCGGAAGUGUUGCUCGAGGCCUGCGGGUGGCUCCGAUCGGGGCUCCCGAUGCGCUCGAAUUUCAACCACGCGGUGAGCGUCUUCCUCCCGAAGGGCACGGACCCUGAGGAUGACACCCAGCCGGGCCCGGGCUUGACGCGCUCAGGCGUGCACGCGGCCGCUGGCUUUGAAGUCGACAGGCCCGAAGGCGAUCUCUUCGGCCAUCAACGGCAAAUUAUCUCGUGCCGUUGCCCUCGCAGUCGCGGGUUCGCAGAG